AUGAUGGGACAGCUGUGCAGGGCAGAGGUGCUGCCCCGGCCUGGAGGAGAGGCGGAUUGUGGGCGCCAGUGGCAGCAGCAGCGCGGAGGCCGAUCACAGAUGCUAACAAGAUUUCUCUAUUUUUUUUUCCUCUCUUCCUUUCUGAUCCAGGUCAACGUCUUCAUCUCCUUCGUUUUCCCAAUGGCCAUUAUCUCCAUCCUCAACACCAUCAUAGCCAACCAACUUAUCAUCAUGUUUAAGCAAGCGGCCCAAGAAAACCAAGUGUGCACCAUUGGAGGACAGCAAACCAUGCUUAGCAUGUCCAUGGAACCUGGGCGCGUUCAGACCUUGAAGCACGGGGUUCGAGUUCUACGUGCCGUUGUGAUUGCCUUUGUGGUGUGCUGGCUUCCCUAUCAUGUGCGGCGGCUUAUGUAUUGCUAUAUCUCAGAAAAACAGUGGUCAGACUUCCUUUAUGACUUCUACCACUAUUUCUACAUGCUGACAAACAUCCUCUUCUAUGUUAGUUCAGCAAUUAACCCGGUCCUCUACAACUUGGUCUCCACCAACUUCCGCCAGAUCUUCUUUUCAACCUUCAUUUCCAUAUGCCUGCCGUCAAGAAAGAAGAAGAAGAGAACCAAGUUCAACAGAAAAUCCAACAGCAUCUCUAGUAACCAUACUUUUUCUAGCCAGGUCACCAGAGAAACUAUCUAUUGAGCUUUCGGUACUGCCAAGAAGGAAAGGAAGGAAAAGAAGGAAGGAAAAAGACAGGGCUCUGUCCUGCUUUCAGACAUGGCCUCCAACUUCAUCACCGCAUGAACAUGUCUAGCUGAUUGCUGUCCAUUGGAAUGAAUAGGUGUCUAUGGUCAACGUUGAGGUGAUGUUCCUGCCUUGGCCUCUGGCUUUUGUGAGUUAUAUCUCCAUGUUUUGUCAUGUCGAUCCAGCAUAGAAGUUGCCUGUUGAUGUUCUCCAGGAAGCUUUUUCAUCCAUGGAGUCAAUGUUGGCCAAGCUUGAAUGCCUCUUUUACCGUACUCACUUGGUUUCUUGGUUUCGAAGUGCCAUCAGCAAGGAGAUUAAGAUCACUUAUCCUGGUUAUCUUGAAAUUAUAGGGAGGAGGCAAAGAAUUAGCAGGAUUUUAUUUUUCUAGGAAAGAAGAGGGUUGUGGUUUUAUAUAGAAGGAGUCCUCGGCUUACAACCACAGUUGAGCACAACAUUUCUUAAGCGAGACCUUUGUCAAGUGAGUUUUGCCCCAUUUUACGACCUUUCUUGCCGCAGAUAUUAAGUGAAUCACAGCAGUUGUUAAAUCAGUGACUCGGCCGUUAAGUGAAUUCUGGCUUCCCCGUUGACUUCGCUGGUCAAAAGGUUGCAAAAGGAUUACAUCGCCCCGGAACGCUGCAACCGUCAUAAAUAUGAGUCAGUUGCCAAGUGUCUGAUCACAUGACCGUGGGGAGGCCACAACGGUUAUCAGUGUGAAAAUAACGGUCCUCAGUCACUUUUUUUCAGUGCCGUUGUAACUUUGAACGAUCACUGAAAGAACUGUUGCAAGUCGAAAGACUAACCUGUAUUUGUCUCAUUUUUCUGCACCAGGGCUUCACUUCUUGAUCCCACUCUCAGACAGAGAUGUAAUACAUACGAUGCCUAAAAUAGGAAUUGCUUAGAGGAAGGGAGCUGGGAAUGUUCACUAGACUGGAGAGAUGAAGUAUAGAAUGAAUGAGUUAAUUGCUUAAUUAACAAAUAAGCAUCCAGAUGUCUGCUAUAAAGAGAGGGUAUUUCCCCCACAUACACAGUUUUAACACUAACUUAAGGAGAAAAAAUCUAGUUACUGUUAAUUAGUGAUAAUUGCUUCUGCUACAACUGAUCUCACAGCAAGCACAGGGGCAGGGGGAAAAUAUUCUGGAUCCUCCAUAGUGUGGAGGGUUAUAUUUAAGACCUAAACAAGCAAAAAAACAUGGGAAACAAGUUAUUAUUACAAGUAGACCUCGACUUAGGAUUGCAAUUCAGCCUGAAAUUUCUGUUGCGAAGCGAGACCUUUCUUAAGUGAGUUUUGCCUCAUUUUACAACCUUUCUUGUCACUGCAGUUGUUAAGUUAAUAACACAAUUGUUAAAUGAA